AUGGCCACAUUGGACAUUGGAUUUGAUGCAGAGGCAUGGACAAGUUACGCACAAGAUCUUUAUACACAAAUGCAAUUUUUCGAAGAAAUUGAUACACCACCACCUGAUGAGAAUACUUGGCAUGAUCGAGCAAAUGAAUUAAUGUCACAAAUGAAAUUUUUUGAGGAUAUUGAUUCUUGGAUCCAUAAAGAAAAAGAAAUAUUAAAGGAAUUAGAUUCCCUUGGCAGCGUCCAUGGCUCGCUCGACACAACUUGCUUUCUUCUCUCGUACGUGACCCAUAGCAGCGUUUCUCCCUUUGCCAAGCCUACCGUCCCAUCAUCUCUAAUUUACAUCAAACUCGUCAGACUCAUUCUUUUUGAAAAUGAUGCUGGUCUAUCCCUAAUAUUGAUCAAUUUAACCCAUAAAUAUAACAUAUCUAUCUAUCUAUCUAUCUAUCUAUCUAUCUAUCUGUAG